AUGGAUUUGAACGAGAAAGCUGUACUGUUUCCUCAUGAUGCUGAGCUUAGGAUUGGUAAUACUACAUUAAGCUUGAAUGGUAUUGGCUUUGGAGAAACCAAUAAUACUAAUUAUGGAUGUACUGAGAGCAGUCUUGGGAUGAAGUUUUCCGUUGCUGUUGACGAUGGCUGCAAAUUGGUUCUAGGAUUGGGCCCAACCCCGAAGGCGUAUGGUGAUGACUACAAUGAUAUGGGGUUUAAUCAGAAGAAAAAAUUGGCCAGCCUUUUUUCUCAGAGCAUGCCAUCCGAAUGUGAAUCAAUUCUUCAACUUGGUCUUUCGGGUGCAGCAAAUGAGAUAUCAAGUGUAAUGGAGUACUCAGGUUCAACAGAGACCAAUGUGAAUAUUUCAUGUUUUUCAAGCCAGACAUCAGGAGGAUAUAAUUAUGCAAUGAUACCUGUCGUUGAUGAGGGUUCUACCUCUGCAAAGAAAUCAGGUGGUUAUAUGCCAUCACUUCUUUUAGCUCCAAGAAUGGAUAAUGCUUUAAUUUCGGUGCAGACACAAGAACUAAUUCUUGGGACUAAAUCUCAGACAUUCCCCGAACUAUCUGGUGCUACAAAUCACUCACUUGGCACCGCGUCUGGCCCCCAGGAAACUGGGAUAACAUCACAGAACCGAACAAGCAAUCCUAAGAGAUGCAUAUUCUUCGGCUGUUCAAAGGGAGCUCGAGGUGCUUCAGGGCUUUGUAUUGGACAUGGGGGUGGACAGAGAUGUCAGAAACCAGGAUGCAACAAGGGCGCUGAGAGUCGUACUGCUUAUUGUAAGGCCCAUGGUGGAGGCAAGAGGUGCCAACACUUAGGCUGUACUAAAAGUGCUGAGGGGAAGACAGAUUAUUGCAUAGCACACGGUGGUGGUCGGCGAUGUGGGUAUCCAGGUGGGUGUGCCAAAGCUGCACGAGGUAAGUCAGGACUUUGUAUUAGACAUGGAGGAGGUAAGAGAUGUACAAUAGAAGGUUGCACCAGAAGUGCUGAAGGGCAGGCUGGGUUGUGUAUCUCUCACGGGGGUGGACGCCGUUGUCAGUACCAUGAAUGUUCAAAGGGUGCGCAGGGAAGCACCAUGUUUUGCAAGGCACAUGGUGGUGGGAAACGUUGCUCAUUUGCAGGGUGCACUAAAGGUGCUGAAGGAAGCACCCCACUAUGCAAGGCACAUGGUGGGGGGAAGCGUUGCCUUUUCAAUGGUGGUGGUAUUUGUCCAAAAAGUGUACAUGGAGGAACAAGCUUUUGUGUUGCUCAUGGUGGUGGAAAGAGGUGUGCUGUUUCCGGUUGCACCAAGAGUGCUCGCGGCCGUACUGACUGUUGCGUCAGGCAUGGUGGGGGUAAGCGCUGCAAGUUUGAAAGCUGUGGGAAGAGUGCUCAAGGGAGCACAGAUUUCUGCAAGGCCCAUGGUGGAGGAAAGCGAUGUAAUUGGGGAGAUGGAAAGUGUGAAAAAUUUGCAAGGGGAAAAAGUGGGCUCUGUGCUGCUCACUGCAGCCUGUUGCAAGAAAGUGAAACGAGCAAGGGGAGUCUGAUUGCACCCGGACUUUUCCGCGGUCUUGUACCUUCUGCUUCCACUGUCUGUAGCAGUUUUGAGAACAACAAUUCUUCCUCAGGCAUCAGCGUCGUGUCUGAUUCCUAUGAUUCUACGGAAACACCUGCUAGAAGACAUCACCUUAUCCCCAAGGAGGUGUUAGUUCCACUCUCAAUGAAAUCACCAUCUUAUUCAAACUUCUUGGCAGCCAAUAAGCCAGCACAAGACAGAAACCUCCCCAGCAUCACUGGUGACUGCAGUGGAUCUAAGAAAGGCGUCGGCUUUGAUUUGCCGGAAGGCAGGGUCCACGGUGGCGACCUCAUGUUGUUUUUCGGAGGAAAUCUCAAAAAAGCACUUGAUGGCAUCUGA